AUGGCCGGUGUGUUGUUUGAAGAUAUCUUUGACGUUAAAGACGUUAACCCGGAAGGGAAGAAAUUCGAGAGAGUGUCCAGAUUAAAAUGUGAAAGUGAAUCUUUCAAGAUGGAUCUCAUUCUGGAUGUCAACACACAAAUCUAUCCCAUCGAACUAGGAGACAAGUUCAGAAUGGUGAUAGCGACAAGUAUGAGAGAAGAUGGUGUGCCUGAUGAUGGAGAAUAUGACCCAAAGGAAGGCUCUGGCACUAGAGCAGACAGCUUCGAGUACGUCAUGUAUGGGAAGGUCUAUAGGAUUGAUGGGGACGACAUGUCUGGCGAACAAGGAAGUCGACUGGCAGCCUAUGUUUCAUUUGGUGGUUUGCUGAUGAGGUUACAAGGUGAUGCUAGCAAUCUCCAUGACUUUGAGAUGGAUUCAAAUGUCUAUUUAUUUAUGAAAAAAUUAGCUUUUUGA